UACCGGCGUCGAUUGCCUCAUGCAGUACCCAUCGCCUUCCUUUUAGCACUAUACUUGUCCGGCUACGCUAAAAACCUGCAUCGUCUAUGUCAAAUCUUGAUCUGCGCUCCACGCGCCUGUUGCUUGUCGUGGUCUCUUCCUAACACUUCACUAUGCAGUAGUCCCCCUCUUUUGCUUCUCUCCUCCUUGUAUCACCAUCCUUUCUCCCCUUUUCCCUUUUCAACAUUACUGAAUUCUUCCCGGCCCAAACAAAGACCUUGACCGGCUUCCCCACAAAACGUUGCAUCGAUUUCUUCGUCUCGACCACGGGGAACCCUACACCCGCCUGCCUACCUACCUACCCGUUUGGUUCUUUCUAUUACUGUUCGCCAACCCAUCCUGUCCCCGACCUCGCUUACUCUCUCUCUCUCUCUCUCUCUCUCUCUGUCUUUCUCAACUUUGCCCUCCCCGCCUCUCCUUGGCCGGGCGUUGCUUCGCGAAUCUCAUUGUCUUUUUCAUCCAUCUCGCUACCACGACAAACUCGAAACAACUCCUGCGUGAACUCGAAUACCCACGAUCCACUUCACCCCCUCUCAGCUUGGUCUUGCCGGUCCUCUAUGGCGCCGUGAGACGCGAUAGUAUCAGGAGGCGGGUUGCAUCUCUUAUUCCGCCUGGACAAUGUUUUCCUCUCUGCUGCGACCUAAGCAGAGCAAUCGCAGCCGACGCGUCGAGCGCUUGCACGAAAGGCAAUCGCCUUCCCCUGGCCCGGCCUAUCGCCACUAUGUCGGCGAACCCCCGAGACGCGCAUCAGGCGACUUUACUGAGGGAGAAGACGACGAAGACGACGAGGACGAGGACGAGGAACACGAUGGCAUAGGCCACUCCGGGGACGACCCCGAAAACAUCGAGGACGAGGACCAUGCCCACCGUUCCAUGCCCGUUCUCCCUCUUUUCUCGGAGACGUACCUCGACUCCCUGCCCAUAUACAGCAUAACCCAUGCAAUUCGUAUCAUCAUCCAGACCCGAACCGAAACGACAUUAACAUGGGACCAAAUACGCUCUCCCCAAGUGUCCCAGUUUCUAGUCAAGCCCAUGCAGCAACAGAUCAGGACUCAGCAAUUUAACCGCGCCACCCUGUAUUGUCUCAUGGCGAACUGCCUCCAGUUCAACAAGGAGGGCCAGAUGUACCCAGGCAACGCUGGAAUUAGCUACACGAGGGCUCUGGUCUGCGAGCUCCUCGCCCUCAAGCUCCUCAAGGAAUACAACACCCGCCAGCUCAUCGACGCCCUUUCGUACGACUUUUACCCGCUCCAGGGGCUUCCGGGCGCUCAGCCUGCGAACGCCCCCAAGGCGGACCCGAGAAACAAGGCACGCCUCACCGCGGCACGAACCUCUACACUCGAAGUAGCUAUUCGUGCCUCCGCUAAGCACUUUUUGGCUCAUCCUUUGGUCGUACAACAGCUGGAGGCUAUCUGGAACGGAGCCAUCAGCUUUUACUCGUCCGCAGAUAGUUUGCACCGCGAGCCUCCAGCUUCGCCCACCGGUACCAAGCCCGAUGCUAGAACGCCGCUGCUGGGCGCUCACAACCAGAAGGAGGGCCAGCAGCAGUCGAUACCUGGGAGACGGAGUGUCAUUCUUUAUGACCCUCGGCAAGCGUCUUUAUUCAAGCUGUCACGCCUCCGUGUGCCGCGCUACAGGUUCUUCCUGUCGACGCUGUCACUUCUCGUCCUUAUCGGCCUGUUCCUUGCCGUCCUCGCUCAACGUUCAGCCCGCAUUAGCUCGCUGGAACUGAUCUUUUGGUUUUGGAGUGCCGGGUUCAUGCUGGAUGAGCUGGUCGGGUUUAACGAACAGGGUUUCUCGCUUUACAUCAUGAGCUUCUGGAACGCCUUUGAUCUGGGGAUCCUGCUCUUGUUGAUUGUCUACUACUUCAUGCGCGUCUACGGGGUAUUCCUCGUGGAUGCCAAGCACUGGAAUGACUCUGCCUACGAUGUUCUUGCGGCGAAUGCCAUCCUGCUGCUGCCCCGUAUAUUCAGUGUGCUGGACCACUACCAGUACUUCUCCCAGCUGUUGAUUGCUUUCCGCUUGAUGGCGGUUGACCUCGCAGCUGUCUGCAUCCUGAUCCUCAUCUCAUGCAGUGGCUUCUUCGUCUUCUUCACCCUUGCUGACAGCAACAAUGACGCGGCCGAUAUUGCCUUUAGAAUCUUCCAGAUCUUGAUGGGCUUUACUCCAGCUGCUUGGGAGGUAUGGCCAGGAUACAACUGGCUUGAGAGGGGUCUUAUGGCCUUUUUCUUGAUCAUCUGUCACUUCGUUGUCGUCACCAUUCUCAUCACGGUCUUGACAAACUCUUUCAUGAAGAUUGCCUCCAACGCGAGGGAGGAGCACCAGUUUCUCUUCGCUAUCAACACAAUCUCCAUGGUCAAGAACGAUGCCUUGUUUUCAUACGUCGCACCAGGCAACAUUUUCGCGUGGCUCCUCAUGCCACUGCGAUACUGCAUGCCUCUGAGACAAUUUGUGAAGUUGAACAGGACCAUCAUCAAGGCCACGCACUUUCCUCUUUUGUUAUUCAUUUUCCUGUACGAAAAGUACUGGCUCGCUCCCUCCAUGUACGAACCCACGGAUCUGGUCGAAAACCAUCACCAUGGGCGGGAUCGAACGAUCUCCUUCGCAGACCCGGCGAGUCGAUCUGCCCUGUUCAGCCCCAACAUCCGGGUUCGCGAAGAAUCGCUCACUGGGUACCAGAAGGAUCAUGCCCUCGAGGAGGUCUUUCGGCGGGGCCCUGGUUUCGCUACGUUGCGCAAUCAGCGGCGGAAUGAGAGAAAGAAGACCCAACACGCGGUUCGAAACUGGAUGGAUCGGAACGACGAAGUCAGCGCCUCCCCCCAUCUUUCGCAGUGGCCGACGCUGGACGGCAGCCAGAGUAUUCGGCCGGAUUGGCAUAGGAGACUGAGCCUAUCGAGAGAGCUUAGGACGCAACGGUCUCGUCAGAUAUCAGAUGUCAGAUCAGCGGCUAGCGAUCCAGCCGAUCUCAUCUCCCAGCCUGCCAUCGGCUCUUUCUUCCGGGGAAUAGCCGCGGCCACCCAAGCCAAGGAGGAGGAGAACCAACAGACGGACGCAGACGGCGAUGAUGAGCUUGUCACAAAUGAUGAGGAAGAAGAGGAGGACAUCGCGACGAACGCGGGUGACAGUCGUCGGGGCCCAGUCAUCCACCAGACCUCAAUUGACGACUAUUUCAACUCGACGCCGACAACGAAACGGUUUGCCCCGCCCACGACAUCUUCAUCAUUGGGCUCCAGCGGAAGGCCGUCCGUGUCGGCCACUCCUCGCUCUGCACGUCGCAUGCCUCAUAGCCGAACGAUGUCGACCAACACCAUCCUGUACGCACCACAGGAGCUGCGACGGCCGGCUAGCUCGUCCUCUCAUUCACCUGACCCGCCGCCCACCCGUGCGCGUAUGCAGAACGGUCGCCCUGUGGUGGUUGAACCGGCUACGACUAGUGGCCACCGCUCCCCACGCCGGCAGACCUAUGUGACCAACACAAGACCCAGACCCAUCUUGCCACCUCGAGAUGCAGUACAGACGGCGCCGAAUCGCGCGGCUCUCACUGGCAUCGACCAGCGGCUGCGCCCCAAUGCUCUCAGGCGGUUGUCUUCGGUUGAUUUGAGUGUCUUGUCGGAUAAUAUCGUACCUGAUGAUCCGACCGGGGGCAUGCCUUCGAGCUUCCAAACGCAGAUGGCUAUGGCUUUGAUGAAGGAUGCGCGACUGGGAGGAGCGGGACGGGGCGCGGAUUCCGGGGACAGCAACCGGAUGAGCAAGCUCGUCCUCGCACGGAUGAAGACUCUGGAAGAAAGCUUUGCAGACGUUGCCAGGGAGUUACGCGGGCUCAAGACCACGUCGAACUCGACUGCCCCCACCACGCGGCGUAACUCGUCAGGCGAAGAGUUGCAAAAGCUGGCGGCCCUGGCGAGUCCAGAAGCUACACGGCAGAAAGACAGCGGCGGUGAGAAACCCAAGAUGGUAAGAAGGACCACAGGCAAGCGGCCAGUGAGUCGCAAGAGCUUGCUGGACCCCAAGUCGGAGAGGGCUAGGGGCAAGGGCAAAGAGCCGGCGCACUCAUCGGGCGACGAGUCCGACAGUGAGAACAUGGCGCCGACGAAACGAAGCUCGAUGUAAAAGGGGAGAAACGUGACGAUUUGCUAAGCAUUUUCUGGCGCGCUAUACCUCGGUCAUGUUUAUGUGGUUCACCGCAUCGCAUCAUGGGGGCGUUUGGGCCUGGACUUCAUCUCUGGGAGUGUUUGGUUUUCCGUUGUUUGUGGUUAGUUUUGGUGGGUUUGAAGCAUGCCAACAUAUGCAUCGUGAGCUGGCCGCGGUUUGCAUUUGGACAUGUGGAUGGGAGUAAUGACACUUGGUUGUACAGUCGGCCAAAGAAAACUGUCUGGAUUGAUCUGUAGUUGCCAUCCCCUGCAGAUCCUCCAAGUCUCCUGUAUUCAUACAUAAGAAUAAUUCUGUUCAGAUUCCCGGAUGAACGCGUUUUCCAAUCGGUCUGCGGGUCCGCUUCGCAAUUCACCCGCGCCAUGUAAAUCAUUAUGUCGUACGUACUAUACCGAACCAUUCGUGUCCCGUACCCAGUUGGUUAUAUGUGGAGCUCCCUCUCGGAGGAGGACGGGGGGGAGUCAUAGGCCAACAAUGAGUGAUUGGUGAUAGAUGCAAGGUGUCUCGUCCUGGCAUUCACCUCCCCCACGUUCCACGCCGGUAAAGUUCGGCGUUUUUUGUCUUUUUUUAUCAUUCUUUGCUUCGAAGUCCAUGAGUGGUACGUGACGCCAUACUAAAUGCCGCCUCCACUCCGAUCGACGCUCACAUAAUGGGGGUUGCUGGAGCGCUGGUUCUGCUCGUUCGUCCGCCUCGAGGCGGCAGUGUACCGGAAGCUGACGGCGAGGGCGGCGACGGCGGCCGUUGCGAAGAGGAGGCCGCGGUGGCGGAUGGCGGGGCGGAUCUGGGGCGCGGCGGCCAUGGUUGGCUUUGGCUGCAUGGUGGAUGUUGUGGGAACGAUGGGUUUCUGUUUAGGGGAGAUAUGGCAAUUUGACAGUAUCCUAUGAUAUGAACAGAGGAGCCGGCGGAAGAAGCAGCAAUAAGAAUGUAGCUGAAAGAGGGGAAAGGGGUUCAGUUAAGUAGACUCUCGACGUCUUUGGUGCGUUCCGUAGCAGUCCUAGCUCCCCCCUCCUCAGAUCAUCGGGGGCGGCGGCAUACGUGGGUGCGUGUGGAGGAGGGGCAAACACCUUGUGUUUUUGUUGGGGAACGGACGGGGAAGAGGUCUCUUGGUUUUCUGUCUCGUACAGGCUAGGGUGUUGGUGGCAGCUCGGAUCGGACGAUUUCAUGUCAUUAUCUGAAAACCAGACCUGGGCUCGACAUGGCACCCUUACGGCAGCCGUUACUAACAUGAUCACCGGGAGUGGAAGAUGAACUACGAGGUGACUCGGUUAGCGAGAGAGAACCCUGGUCUCGGCGAAACGUCGACAUGGAUCGGGAGCGAACAAUUGCCGGGGCAAGGAUUUCCAAGAAGACGAUGGCAGCGGAGGGUCUGCAAUUGUGUGUGUGUGUGUAACAGUGAGAGUUAUGCGGUGUGUAAUGCGGGCAUGGUGAC